AUGCAACAAGAUUCAUCAUCCACUCCAACAACAUCGACAUCAUUCGGAGUGUGUUGGGAACCCAACAACAAUGGAAGUAUUUGCAACUUUGCAACUCUAUCUCAAAGCAAAAAUCAAAUUAAUGUAUAUUCCGGAGAGAAUUCUCAACUCUUGUUGCAAUUAACACUUCCUCUUGAUUUACAAACAAAAUUUUCUUCAAUGAGUUGGAUUUCACUCACUAGUAAUUUGGGACUCAGCGAAGAUGAAAAGAAGAGAAAGAAACCAAACAAAUCAUAUAUCCUUUCUGGUACAAUGGAUGGAAAGGUUAUUGCUUUUGAUACCGAAAGAGGAAGAGUUGUAAAGAGUAUUCAAUUAGCACCAGCAUCAUCUGGCUCUCCAAUUUUAAAUGUAAAUUGUCCCGAUGGUAACAGAAUAUUUGCAGCCCUUUCUCCGAAUCUAAUUGCAGGAACUCACUUUCUAGUUAAAUCUAACAACACCAAAGUAGAUUUAAACAAGAUUUGUUUCGAAGAUAUUACUUGUUUGAGUGAUAAUUGUGGACAUUUGAACGGAGCUGAUGUUUUUGCUAUUGCGAACGCAGGAAAAACUCAAUUAUUUCAAGUCAAUACUCAACAACGAGUUUGUGAUUUUCAAGGCCAUGAGAAUGGUGCACACCAAACAGUAUUUAUUCAUUCCGAUUUACUCUUGACUAGAUCCAACGAUGAUAGAUAUGUCAACUUAUAUAAUUUGAGCAACGUUAUGGCCAGUACUCAUACACAUGGAUUGAACACUUCUAAUUUUAUUGAACAAUUAAUGAGCACAUCUUCUAGCUCAUCGGAUUUAAUUGCUCCUAAUAAGGUAUUAACAUUGGAUGGAAAUGUAAUCGCUAUUGAUGGAUUCUAUCGAUCCAAAAAAUACUUGGACAUUCUUGCAGUGUCACAUUCGGGACUAUUAACUUUGUUUAGACUGAAACCUGCAGAUAAUUCCUCCUAUGAAAUAGCUUCAAAGGCCACUGUCAAGUGUCACCAAUCUAAAGGUUUUGGAAAGGUCAUUUCAGCUAAAUUCAUUGAUGAGUGUCGUUUAGUUCUUGCAAUGGGCUCUCCUCUUUUCCCUAAUAUUCAAAUUCUGGACUACUCAUCCAAUGAAAAAGAUCAAGAAGGCUUUUUGUUCACUGAAAAGGAAUUGGUGAUUGAUGAUCAACCAAUUGUUGCUGGUUCAAAGGAUAAAUUAAUUGGAUCUAAGGGAAGUGCUUUUUCGAGCAAUAUUGUUUUAGGAAGUGCAAAUAUGGAGACUCCAAAUGCCCGAUUUGCUCAAGGUCUCUCAAAAUCUGACGGACAAAAGACAUUCCAAGAUAUUCUUUCACAACAACAAACAACAUCAACCAAGAAAGAAAUGACACUUUCUGAGUCGGGAGUUCCAGUUAUGAAAUUGAAUUCAUCUCUUAUCACUGCACUAAAGAGCCACGAUGUAGGAAUGAUUGCCAAAUGCUUAUCUCAUUCCGAUUUUGAUUUAAUUGAAUCCACAGUCCAAAAUCUUUCUUCGACAUAUGCAAUCAAGUUACUAGACGUUAUUAUUGAACUGUAUGGAGAUUUUUCACAGACAAGAGAUACACUAAUCUACUGGUUACGAUCACUGUUGGUUAAUCAUACUUCACAUAUCAUGUCACAGAGGGACAUCAUUGAAAGAUUAUCACCAAUUUAUCACUCAAUUGAUACAAGAUUGAGAAUGCUUCCAGCCUUAAUGGAUCUUUCUGGAAGAUUGGAUCUUUUGCUUUCAAUUGGAGGAUAUGCAAAAGUUGAUUUUGGAACAUCAGACAACAUCUCAACAUCAAUCACCAAAUCUAAGGCAAAGAAAUUUACCAUCGUGGAUAAUGCAGAUGACAGCGAUGAAGAAAUUGUUGAGAUGAUUCAAGCAUCAUACAACAAGAAGAAACCAAGAGGUGAUGAAGAGGAUGAUUAUGACGUUAUUGAUGAUGACGAUGUUGAACGUGAUGAUGAAAUCUUGAAGGGACUGGAAAGAAGAAAAUAA